UAUGUAGGGCACUCUUCUUCUUCCCAAAAGGCCCUCAAAGUUUUCACCAAAAAACCCGAAAUUACCCCUGAGUACCCCCUUGACUGCAACGCAUGGAAUCUCACAAACACCUGCCCCAAAAACUACCCCAAUUCAACCAAACCUUCUUCUGCAAACACUUCGCCGGAAUCAACCUGCCCGGAGUAUUUCCGAUGGAUUCACGAGGACCUGAGGCACUGGAAGAAAACCGGAGUAACGAGAGAAAUGGUGGAGAAAGCGCGCGCGACUGCGCAUUUCAGGCUGACGAUUGUAGACGGGAAGAUGUACGUGGAGAAGUUCAAGGAGUCGAUUCAGACGCGCGCUUUGUUCACGAUGUGGGGGAUCGCGCAGCUGAUGAGGUGGUACCCUGGGAAAUUGCCUGAUUUGGAGCUGAUGUUUGACGCCGACGAUAGGCCUGUUGUACCGGCGAAUGACUUCCGGCUGCCGGGAUCUGAGCCGCCGCCGCUGUUCCGGUACUGUUCGGAUUGGAAUAGCUUGGAUAUCGUCUUCCCCGAUUGGUCGUUUUGGGGCUGGGCAGAGACGAAUAUAAGGCCAUGGAGAUAUGUGCUGAAGGAUAUAAAAGAAGGAAACAAGAGAACAAAAUGGGAGGAUAGAGUUCCGUAUGCUUACUGGAAGGGAAAUCCACAUGUUUGCCCUUGGAGAGCUGAUCUUAUGAAGUGCAAUGCCACCGAUCAAAAUGACUGGAAUACUCGCCUUUAUGUUCAAGAUUGGAUUGCAGAGUCCCAAAAAGGAUACAAGCAAUCAAAUCUUGGAGAUCAAUGCACCCACAGGUACAAAAUUUACAUAGAAGGAUGGGCGUGGUCAGUGAGCGAAAAGUAUAUCUUAGCCUGCAACUCUCCGACUUUGCUGAUGACUCAGCGUUGGUACGAUUUCUUCAUAAGAGGAAUGAUCCCUCAGCAACAUUAUUGGCCAGUUAGGGACAGUGACAAAUGCAGGUCUCUAAAAUAUGCAGUUGAAUGGGGAAACAAUCAUACAGAAAAGGCAAAGGCAAUUGGAGAAGCUGGAAGCCGGUUCAUCCACGAGGAUAUGAAGAUGGAGUACGUUUACGAUUAUAUAUUUCAUGUGCUAAACGAAUACGCAAAGCUCUUAAAGUAUAAGCCCACAGUUCCUAUAAACGCAAUCGAGCUUUGUUCGGAAUCAAUGGCUUGCCCUGCAGAUGGGAUUUGGAGGAAAUUCAUGGAAGAAUCACUGGAGAAAACUCCUAGCGAUUCACCGCCAUGCAAAAUGCCUCCGCCUUAUCAGCCUCAUGAACUUAUGGCUUUUGUUGAUGGAAGCGGGAAAGCAACUAGAGAAGUGGAAUCAUGGGAGAAUGAAUAUUGGGACAAAGAAAAUAACAAGAACUAAUUUUUUAGCUGACGUGGAGAUAAGAUAAUUAAAGACGAAAGUUUAAUUUAUUUUUCGAUACUUUAUGUAGAACCCCGUAUGGAAACUCGAAUUGUUUUGAAGGUUUAGAGAGAGCAGAGAGCUUUGAGGAGAUGUCUGAAGGGCAAGAAGACAAGAUAAAUAUAGUUCAUUCUUUGUGGUACAACUUUAGUCCUUUGAUUACAAUACAUAACCUUUUAUUUCAUAAACAUUAAUUAGUAUGAGUGAGCUAAAUUAUGUGUUC